AUGGUUGUCUUAAGGUGUCGCAGUGUCAUGGGGAACCUGGCAAAAACUGGGCAGCCUCAUGGAGCUGUUACUGUUUUAAAAAUGUUACAUACAGAAGAUGAUUGUUCUGGUCGAACAGGUAAAACUGAAGGCUACGAGGGAAAGACUCUACUGUUAUCACUUGUAGCCUCAGCUUUUGCGGCACCUCAAGGGUACAACGUCGGUAUUCCCUCUGGUGCAGGCCUUACAUCCGGUCCCGGGUCUACUGACGGAGGUGCAGGAACGGCCGGUGGAGAACUCGUCAAUGGAGGAGGUCCAGCGACUGGAUGCCAAGAGGGAGAAGUCCUUCACGUAGAUGGGACAUGUGUAACUCCUGAAGUUACAAGAAAGGUCUAUGUAUUUAAUGUUCCUGAACAAGAGAAACCCGUUGGUCCAGCACCUAGUAUUCCUCCUCCAGCAGUGGACCACAACAUCUUGUUUGUGCGCCUUCCUGAGGAAGCACCUGCACCUGACCCCAUCGUACUUCCUCCACCCAGGCAAAACAACAUCGUCUAUGUACUCAACAAGCAAGAAGAACAAACUCAACGAGUGAUCGAAGCACCAGCUCAGCCACAAGCUGAUCCCGAGAUUUACUUCGUCAACUAUCAAGAUGGCGAGAAUCCGACCCUUCCCUUAGGAGUAGAUCUUGAAACUGCUCUCGGCGCCGCUGCUGCAGCUGGUGGUCAGGUUCUAGGAGGUGUCGAUGGAGUUGUGGGUGGAUUAGGAGGCGCAGGUGGAAUUACUGGAGUACAUGGAGGUAAUGGUCUUGGGGGUGUAAAUGGACUUGGUGUUAAUGGAGCUGGUGUUGGUGGAGUUAAUGGCGGAGCGGGAGGAUUCCAGACUGGCUUGGGGGGUAGACCAGCAGGUUUAUACACUACUCCCUAAGGAAAACGUUUCAUCUAUUUUUUUCUAUAACCUUAUGAAUUACUGUUUUUUUCCGAAAUAUAUGGAACCAUA